GAGCUGCUGGGAACAUACUCAGUUUUCUCCUCUCCCCAAAGACAAAGAUUUAUGAAAACUCAAACGCCAGCCAUACACUUAACGGGGAACAACAUUUUAUGCAACAUUUACAUGUCUGUGUCCUUGCACUACUGACUUAGAUUUAGAUGCAAGACUGUUUGUGGAGCUGUGCAACGUUUGCUGGUUGAUACAAAGAGAACAUGUCUUUUAAGUGCUUUCAAAAACACAGUCUUAACAAAUCCAGGCUCUCAGAUUCCCUGAAUAGCCAACGCUGGAGGUUCUUGCAAAACAAUCUGGAUGAUUUCCGUGGGGGCAUCCCUCCUCCAUGUGACAGCAUCGUUACCCACGGCACCAAGGGGCCUGCUCCUGUUAUUCUCACCAGGAAGCCUGAGGGCCCGCACAAGACACAGCAGAGGGCCAAAAGGAUGCUAGCCGUGCCUCAGAGCUGCACCUCCAAGCUCAGCCCAAUGCUGCAAGCCAGAAAAGAUGGUGUUGCUCAAGUCGAGUACUGCCUCAGCCAACAUCCCUUAGCUCUUUACCCUCAUUUGGAAGAGAGCAUCCCUCUGGAGCUUUUCAAGGAGGUCAUGGGCAUCCUGGACCCUGAGAUGCUUCCACUUAGUGGAGAUGCUGCUGUAGAAGAGGAGCAUUGUAUUCUCUCUUCAAUGCAAUCUCAGCCGGGAGACAAAAGAAACAGACAAACCAAGCCCAAGUCAUACAGUUGGAAGGAGCCCCAAAGCAAGGAUCCUUACACAUGGUUCUCCAAAAAAGAAGUUGCUACAAGAGCAAGAGAGGCCAGGCUGAAUUAUGUUCCUCCUCUCGAUGAGAGUGUAACACAGUCCAUCAAAGACUUUUGCAGCUGGUUUGAUUCUCUGGGAGGAGAGAAAUAUGACAUUGAUGAAGCCACCAUUAGCAGCCUGUUUGAUACAGGUUAUGAAACCAAGCCCCCUCUCUCUGUUCCUAUACAUGUCGUGGAACUGAAUGAUUUGCCAGCAGAUCUGAGGAAGUAUGGUGGAAUGCCACAGGCUACCAUGAAAAACAUCUCUGAGCAAGGAGAUCAUUCUAAGGAGUCUUGCCAGCCCAAGUGGGAGAAGAUCAGGUAUGGUGCCUGGUACCUGGACCCAAAGACUUGGAAAAAACAGAAAGCGAAUGAACCUUUAGAAGACCCCAAAUCAGAGGAUACAAGAAUCAAGAAUUCAAGGAAGUCAUUAGGAGAAAAGGAUGCUGAGAUCAUGAAGCUUCAUGGAACGCGUGCGUUUAAAGAAUUUCUUGAUAAAAAAGGCUAUCGGAUCCCAGAGUUCCUGCAGCAGAUGCUGGAUUUGCAGGAUGAGGUUGGAACGAAAGGGGGGAUGCUGAACGGCUCCAGGAGUGAGCUUCUGAGAUGCAAGGGGCUUGGAGAAGACUCUCCGGCAAGAACAGUGAAUUAAUAUGAACACAUGAACUUGUCAAUGGUCAAACAUUUUUGAAUGUAGGCCUGCUAUGGCUAGCCGCAUGCCUUGAUUGAGGAGGAAACCUCUGGUGCAAAGAGUCAGUUGCCUUGGGCCCUUUUAGUCAGACCUGGAUUGGGCAGAAACAAGAGCCUGAUUCAGACAUUAUGCUGUAUGAGUGUACAAUUGUCAUUCACUUGUACAUGUGUUUGUGUGAAUGAAUGUAUCUGUGUUCAUUUUAAAAGUGAACCUGGAUACAGGAUACAUGUGAAUGACUGUACUUGUGUUAUGAUCUAUGUACCUAGGUACACUGUACAUUUGUUGUACGAGUGUUGAACAUAACAUGUGAAUAGGCCUAUCAAGUCCUUCCAUAUCAAUAUGGGUCUGUGUAUUCCAGAGUUCUGCAACUGUAAAUGCAACAGGGCAGAAUUUAGAAUAGGAUGCAGAAUCCAGCAUUCUAAGCAUCUGUUUUCCAUUUAAAAAAAAAAAGAUUAAAAAAAUGAAGGCUGUGAAGGAAAGCUUGAAUGCCACAGUCAGACUCCCAUGAAGUUUUUCACACGGGGCUUUUAAAGCCCUUUAACUUGCAUCUCCUCUGGAAUGGAGGAGGUGCGUUCACAUAUCAGACAGAUUUACCCCGAAGUCCCUGCGAGUUAUCAGGGAGCAGUUCACACACAAUUUGGGCUUUUCACUGCAUGUUAGAGUGUAGCCUGAUUUAUAUCCGAGGUAAAAAAAUCUACUUUUUGCAUCGUUUUUGGGGGGAAAUGUCGAGGUCACAGUCAAGCCUCCCAGUAAACUCGCAGUACAGCCAGCUGUGUGUAAAAGACUCAGAGAAUGAGGUGGGCUCCUGGCCCUUCUUGAUCUCCAAAAUGACUGGAUAGACACAGAAAAGGUCAGCCUCAGGAACAGCCAGGGGAGGAGGUUAGUUUGUCACCUGAGUCCUCCUCCUGGCUUGCUGCAUUCAGCCAGUUCCCUCUCCUGCAAGUUAUCCAGACAUGGCUUCAUGCAUGGGGUAUCUGAAGAGCAAAUCUGAUUCGCAGCAGAUUCGUAGCUGUUUAAUUCUGGGGAUUAAAUUGACUGUUCACAUAGGGUUGGCUCCUCUCCACAAUCCCUGCAGAUCUUUUUCCUGUGUGAGUUCCCACAGCUUGUUCAGGGGUUUUUCUCCAACCAAUCGCAUCUCAUAGUAGGUGGCAACAGACCUGUUUGUUUGUUUGUUUGUUUGUUUGUUUGUUUGUUUGACAGCUAGUUGAGGAAGACCUGUGAGACAAGUUGCCAAGCAGCCAAAUCCAACAAGAAAACGCUUAACCUGAACCUGGGUAGCCAGCCUCGUUUUUCUCUUGCCUUCCUAUUAGUGGCUAAAUUCCCAAACAGGAAGUGCUGGAGCUGCCCCUAGAAGCCAAGCCCUCUGGCCUCUCCAUGAGGUCAGUGCGUGGCGCUCUUACCCCUGGACUUUGGGGCCGUAGUCCAGGGCCUCCACACCACCUGCCCCCCACCCCCAAAUCUGUCCUGGGUGGUGUGGUAACUGCUGGUCCUGUGCCAGGUGCUAGAGACAGAGGGCGGAGUGGGGAAACCAAUAUGUGGGAUGAGAAUAUGUUACGUUGCCUGUUGACAUGUUUCUGCUAAUGAGGGAUGCCAACAUUUCAUUGCCAGAAUGAGGGACACAAGUUCCAGAAUGAGGGACACAAGCUUGUGGGGGCGGGCUGGGAGGUGUAUGCAGUGGUAAUCAAGAACCUGAGUAUCAUUGACGUACAUGUAAUUGAAUUAUAUGCUGUUGCCUAAAUGGGGGCAGAUGCUGUCCCUAUAGGGACCAACAUUUCAUCCCUGAAAUGAGGGACAUCCUGCGUCAUGAGGGACAGUUGGCAACGCUACUGCUAAUGCAUAUUUGCAUAAAUAUACCUGUUUUAUAGUCUUACA